AUGCCAGCUUACCAUUCAUCAUUCAAUGAGGAUCCAGAUAUCCGUCAGGUCGGCAACAUGGCGGUCCUGCCAAUCAAAACCAAGAUUCGCGGGCCUGCGCAAAUAGCCGACCCAGAACAACCAGAUAUUAUCGACGAAACCCUUGACCUAUUCCGAGCCAACUCUCUGUUCCGUAACUUUGAGAUCAAAGGCCCCGCCGACCGCACCCUGAUUGUGCUCAUUCUUUACGUCUCUGACUGCCUAGCCAAAAUUGGCAGUGCACGAACACCGCCGACGCAGAUUGAGGCCUCAAAGCAACUCAAUACCCUUUCUGUGGACAGUUUCCCGAUCCCUGGAGAUGCCAACUUUGUUUUGAACGCUCAUUAUGCCGCACCAGCGAGUAGGGUAGAUGCAGAUUAUCUACGGCAGUAUCUAGUACAAGUCCGUCAAGAGUUGGCUGCUCGUUUGGUCGCAAUACUAUACGCAGACGGUACAGGCAAACCCAGCAAGUGGUGGAUGUCCUUCCAGAAGAGGCGCUUCAUGAACAGAAGUUUGGGUGCAUAG